UGUAUGGGCCAACAUGGGCUUUAAGUUGAAAUUCGGGUCAAUUUUCCGGGUUGUGGAGUUGACCCACUUGACAUGUCUCCUCAACCCAAAUUCGGGCCGUAGUUCAUUCGGCCCGCUCGCAAUCAAACGCACUAUAAAAGCGACUGAUUCUUUACGCAGGAGAAUUUGCUGCACACGAAUAUAGCAGUUGCGUUGACAUCAGGAGAGAUGAAAAAGAUGGAAGCGAAAAUUGGGAAACUCUUCGAUUCAGUCGGCAGCUUCUUCACCGGCGCCGAUCAAAUUCCUUGGUGUGAUUCUGACAUCGUCAUCGGCUGUGAGCGCGAGGUUGCGGAAGCUGAGAAAGGUUCUUCCGAUAAACUAAAAAGUGAAUGCAUCACGCGCUUGUCUUGGGCCCUUGUUCACUCAAAACGCGCGGAUGAUGUCCAACGUGGAAUAGAUAUGCUUGAAGCUUCGUUGGCUGGGUCUAGCAGCCCUGUGGAGGCCAGGGAAAAGCUUUAUCUUCUUGGUAUUGGGUACUACAGAAAUGGCGACUAUGCUAAGAGCAGGAAUCUUGCCAACCGCUGUUUGGAGAUUGCACCAAACUGGGGGCAGGCCUUGACACUCAAGAAAGCAAUUGAAGAUAAAAUUACCAAAGAGGGAGUAAUUGGGAUCGGUAUAGCUGCAACUGCUGUUGGACUUUUGGCUGGCGGCAUCGCAGCAGCCCUUUCAGCACGCAAGAAAUGAUCGGCACAAUAUUAUGAUGUAUAUAAACAAAUCAACAUACUGAGUUUUGACUAUCGACCCUUUUUUUGCCAGGCACCAAAUAUUGUCUUAGUCUUUUCUUUUACAAUCUCUUGUACAAAUCGAAUCAAUACAUGACUAUAUUAUACAUAAUACAUGAUACAUAUUGUAUUUACACGU